CACACGACCGUUGUUUUAAUUUGAAAAUCGUUUAUUUAAUAUUCUUCGAUCAGAGUGAAUUAUAAAAACGUUUGAAUUACCAUGGCAGAGUUUCAGACACCCGUGAAGAAAGUAAAUAAGGCGUUGGAUGAGAAAAUAACGAUUCCACCAUCACCUUUUCUGAAUCGCCUGGGAUAUGGAACUGGAGUAAAUGUGAUGCAGUUAGUACGGUCCCCCCGAGCUGGGCAGAUCCGCUCACCGUGGGCGCUCAAGAUGCUCAAUAAGCGUGUGAAGCCCUGCAGAGUCUACACCGAGCGUCUCCAAGCCGAAGCCGAGCUCCUGCAACGCAUGUCCCACCCAAAUAUUGUCGGCUUCAGAGCUUUCAGCAAAGGAAAGAUCUUGUAUUUAGGAAUGGAAGCCUGUGAUCUGUCACUUGGAGACAUGAUUGAGAAGAGAGUGGAGGACAAUGUCGGGCCAUUUGUGCCUAGACAGAUUCUGAAGGUAGCAGCUGACAUAGCCAGUGCACUGGACUACUUGCACACCAAGAUGCAGAUCCUGCACGGAGACAUGAAGUCGUACAACAUCCUUGUCAACGGAAACUUCAUGGUCUGCAAGCUCUGUGACUUCGGAGUCACGCUGCCUUUGGAUGAGUAUGGAGUCUUUGACAAGGAGAAAGCGGGGAAGGCUGUGUAUUUUGGCACUGAAGCAUGGAGCGCCCCAGAGGUUAUCAAUGGCGGCGAGAUCACCUCCAAGACGGACGUGUGGUCGCUGGGGCUGACACUAUGGGAGAUGAUGGCGCUGCUUCCGCCGCACACGCAGAUAGAUGAAGACUUCGACUAUAGCAUGGAAGAGGAGAUGGAUGACAGUGUCGGUGAUCAUUUCUAUGAGAGAUAUGGUACCCGCCCCCCGAUCCCGGAGAACAUAUCUGAGCAGAAGUAUGCAGACCCCUUGGCUCUAUUCUACUGCUGCACAGAGACCAUGCCGGCCAUGCGACCGAAUGCGGCGCACCUCGCGAUAGCUGCUGAGGAUAUGAUGACGCAGACAAGGAACUUAAUCGGGAAUAAGUGAUGGUUAUUUAGCGGAAGGAGAAUGUUGGAGGGCAAGUUAUUAUCAUUAAGCUCAUCAGUUUGAGAUCUGUCGUGUGGGUUGCUAACCACACCAAUCGUGGUGGCAGGGUUAUUAUUGAGCCGCAAGAGCCCCAGAUAUGGCAAAGAUAGUAAACAUAUAAUAUACAUAGCAAGAUAUAUUCACAAAAAAAAUAUAUUAAACACUUUUAAAUAAAUAACAUGUAAAAAUUAUACUUACCAAUUUCUUGGCAAAAAAAAAUACAAGAUAUUAUAAUAUUACAAGUUACACUCAUUACUCCGAGUGUUCUUUUAAAUUCCAAACUCCACUCCAAUGCUUUAAUAUUGAGUCUGGAAAUCUCGGCCUUAGGAGGUUAAGAUAUGAUACGAGUUAUCUCACUCACUCUUAAAUAAUUCGCUUUACUUAUUUUAUCUUAAGCAGAUAAUAAAGUCUCUUAGUAGGGGCCACAAGGCUACAAAUUAACUAAGUAUUAAUCUAAAAUAGACCAUAGAAGUAAUCAACAAAUUCAUUGAAAGGAAAUCUUUCGCAGAGCAUGUUUUAUCUCUCACACACCACUGUUUGGGGACCACUGUAGUUAACUAUAUAUUUCUGAAACUUGAUAGUACAUUUUAUAUUAUUUUAUAGCACCAAAUAUGGGAUACUAAAACAACAAAAUCAUAUUUAAAAAACAACUAUAUUUCAGUAACAUAAAUAAAAAUUUCAACAACUAUUAUGCGUUUAAUCUAGUAUAAUACAAGUUCAGUUGCCUGAUAUAACUAACCAAAUUCCUUAUGAUAACAUUUAUAUUAUGUAAAAAAUAAAAUAUGUGUGUAAAAAUCUAAAAUGUAGAUCUCAUAUGAGAUUCCGAAUAAUUUGAGAUUAUAGUUACAAUAAUGUUAGUACAUAAUCUUGAGCGAUCUUUCGUUACAAUACGCAAGUGAACUUCGAUUUUAUGUCUUAAAUAUUUAUAACAAAAAUGUACUUAUUAUGAAAUUAAAACAUACUUUAUAGACAA